AUGUCCAGAAGCGAGUCGAUAUCUGGCAAAGGUCGCCUAACUACUGGAAAGAUGGAUGUUCUCCAAAAUUAUUAUGGCUUGGCAAUAAGAGGAAACCUUGAUAAUGUUGAAGAAAUGGCUAAGGCUGUAAAAGCGUCUCUUUUCCAUGUUGCGUCAACAGAAGAGAACCCGCAGCAUCAUCUUUGCCCGAAAGGUGAGGACAGUUGGUGUGGCUAUCAAAGAGAUUCCAAAACAUACAAACAUAAAAAUGGUAUUCCAAAGCCCAUUGUUGAGUUGGUUGAGCCUAUAUUUGAUGAUUUGGCUGACCCAGCUUUGUUAAAGAAAUGCACCCAUGGCUUGACCCAGAAUCCAAAUGAAUGUUUGAACGGGAUCAUCUGGGACAGAUGUCCAAAGACUACAUAUGUAGAGCAGGAAACUGUAGCUCUUGCCACCUACCUAGCAGUCCUAAAGUUUAAUGAUGGGGACAUAUCAUAUCUUAAAAUUCUGGAAGACUUAGAUAUAACGCCUGGGUUCUUCACUUGUAAAGGUGCCAAAGACUGCGACAGAGCAAGGAUCAAGCUGUCGGCCAGAAAGAGCUCAGAGAAAGUCAAGUCAAGAAGGAAAUCACUGAGACACUUCAGGAAAAAGUUUCUGGAUAAUGCUGAGGACAAGGAAGGGGUAACAUAUGAAGCAGGUAGCUUCUAAACCUUUAUGUUGUGAGAAAAGCAUGAACGAAAACUUUAGAUUGGAUUUUCGCAAUUUGGCAUGUGUAAGUGAUCUUUGUGACACUGUAAUAUUGUAACUAUUUACUGCAGGGAGUUGAUAUUUGGCAUACUUACUAACUGUAACAUCAUAUAUUAUGUGAAACUCUUCAAUUUUCAAUACUAAUCAUCCUUAAUGAAUUAUAGGCGAAUUUCCUUCAUAAUUGCUGGAUUAAGAGUUGCAAUAAUUGAAAAAUUCCAAAAUAUGGCUCUAAUUUUUUUUAAAAGAUAUUUCAAGAAAAUUGAAGAGUUUCACAUAAUAGGUCAGGUUCUAAGCUUUUCAAAAAUAUAUUAUUUAUUUUAUUCUGAUGACUGGUUCUUGAGAUAUAAUGUUUACGAUGCUAAGCAAUUACCGGUUAAUUAACGGCCGCCAUAUUGGAUAAUGGUCAUUUUCUGUCACCUGUCCCUUUCAGAAAAUCAUAUUUUUGCAUAAAUCUACUUAAAAAUGAAAAAAAAAGUUUCCAGAGGAGAUGACCACCGUAUUCAAAUGACGAAAGUUAUUGCUUGAUUUUAAGCAUUUAUUAGCAAGUGGGAAUGACCAAUAUGGCCACCAUCUAUUCAAAUGGGGCUAACUGCUGGAAUAUUCUUGGCUUCAAUUUUACUAAAACAGAUGUGCUAUCUAGUGUAUAUAAGAUAUCUAUGGCCUGAGGCGAAUAAUUCUUUUAGUAUUUUUACACAAGCUAUUUGUGUUUUUUUGGGACUGAAUUUAGUUUAAUUUUGCUUAUUUGUUUAUCAGUAACUUCCUCAAACUGGCUAGCUGCCAUUUUUCAAAUUUCAAGUUAAGGGAGUUGUCAUAAAAUAAGUGCCACCCCAGGGCGGAGGAUAUUUUUAAUUUUGUAAACAAAAUUUCAUACCCCCACAAAAUUAUCGCAUAAUAUUUGGUACCCCAUCAAGAUAACGGUCUCACUAUUUCAUACCCCAUCAUAAAACGACAAGUUUAUCGGGUUUUUUCAUGUUGAUAUAACGGGGGUGCACUGAUAGGGCACACCCCUCAGAUAUUCUGUUGACUAAUUGCCUUAUCCUGUAACUUUUAUUUUUAGUAAGUUUUAUCUUUCUUUACUAAAAAUGACAAAAAAGUAAAAUUCACAUCCAAAAUGCUUUUUUGACCUCAUUGAAUACGACCACCUGUCAAACUAGGGAUCCAAGGAUAUUGUAAAGUUUCAAAUUGAAUAAGAUCGGCAAGAACUGUAUAGGGUCGAGCAGGCAUAGACUAGAGCAAGCCAGAGGAGGAAUGAGGGUCUUCCCACAAUGCAUUGCGUCUCAUUAUUCACAAUUACGAUUUUCAACGAACGUUUGGCGAAAAGUUGUUGAAAUACAUUGCGAUUUUGGCUUCGUAUAUCUCGUUUUUUCGAAGGUAUGUUUUUAUAUUUGUACUAUUUAAGAAUCUAAUUAAACUAUUUUUGACUUAUUUGGUACAGGAAUUGCUUUUUAGUUAUGCUAAUUACGUAUUGUAAUUAUGCUUGUUCCGGGUCAGUGGACACGCCAAUAAAAUGACCUUGAUAUAAUGCAGAAGCAAAUUCACUUUUUUUUUAGGAAAAUAAAAACAAAACACGUCAUCGAAUUCGGUAAGAUUUAUUCUUUCUACUGUUACUUUAAAACAUUAAUUUGCUCCACUAAACCGACGAGUAAUCACGGUUUGAAAAUGGGGUACUUUUGCUAUAUUCUAUCGCCGAUGGCGGGAAUAGACCGCGUGAUAAUCAUCAUGGCGCGAAGAAAACUAUUGUAAUAAUCACUAUUUUCCAUGAUAAUUUUGAAACAUAUGCAUAUAAGUUCCUACAUAUUUUAAGUUUAAUGUAACUUUGAAGGUUAUAUAUGCUUAUGUUUAACCUGCACUGACUGUAUUUUCUCAUUUUAUUAUAGAAUUCAGCUAUUUUGGAGUAAAAUGCAAUCCAAAAAUAGCGAUGACUGCGAUGUUGCUGGAGAUGAUACUGCUAAACGGGUAUAUACUUCUAAAGGUGGUACCCCAGGGAAACCUACUAACAAGUCACGCAGAAUUUCUCGUUUAAAGAAUCCAACAUCACGUCGAACUUUGUUUCAGAGUCCUGCAACAUCACCAAAGGUAUAAAAGUACAAAGGUUUUCAUAAACAUAAAAUACUAUACGACUAUACAAAACCAUUGUAUUUUAAUGGCACAAUGAGAUGUUAAUUUGUGAGGGGGAGGGGACCUAAACGUUAUUAUUAUAUUAACAGUAACAUUGUAUUUCUAAUACUUUUUGGUUGCAACCCCUCCACAUUCCCUGGCAGUUUUGUCACCUCUACCAGCAGGGGCCGUUCCUAGACACGAUAAUUGGGGGAGGGGUGUAUAUUCAUAUAUUCAUGUUCACAUACCAUAAAAAAAUCGCUUUCAAAAGAAGUCUGUCGGGCAGAACACAAAUAUAUAAAUAUACACCCCCCCCCCCAAUUAUCGUGCUAGAAACAUUGUUUAGUUGGGCAGAAUUCUGCUCCAAAAAUUUUGCGCAAUUGUUUUAAGAUUGACUUUAAACAGUAUUUCUGUGAAGACUUACAGACGUAUAGGAGAUGUGUUUCUUCUAUACCUCAUGUUGAUCUAUCAAUAAACUCAUGACAGUGCAUAAUAUGACAUUGCCCCUCUCACUUUUUCACUUUUGCUGUUUGUUUUGUAGUUUCCUAUCAGAAAGUCUAAACUGACUCCUCCAAAUAAAUCCCCAGUAAAACAUCAUAAAUGGACAUUUGAUGAAGAUAAAGCAUUUGUUGAAUUCAUAUCUGUUGCCGAAACAGAUCCAAAGUAUGGAAAAAAUUCUGUUGGAGAGUGGCCAGCAUUCAGUGAAAAGAACAUUUUCUGGAGUGAUGGUGCCAAGCAUAUACAAUGCAGUACUUCCUCUAACAUUCUUCUGUCAGGUAAGUUUGUUAGAUUUUUUAUUGUGGAUUUAACUACUGUACUUGAGAAAUUUUAUAAAUUGGAUAUGUUUCAUACCUAGUGUAAUAUUCUAGUUAUUUCGAUAUUAUAUAUAUACAUACAUGUAAAAUUGUCUGGUGGUAUAGCAGUAUGAGAAGAAUUUUAUUAGGACCGGCAUAUUGUGCACUACCUGGUUAAUUAAAAAGGGUUGAUUGACCUUUUUUCAUAUGUACAUCUACCCCAUAGAAAUAAUAGAUAUCUAUUAUUUCUAUGAUCUACCCCCUUCAUAAUUAAACAUAGACUAGAGAUAAUAUGUUCUCAGGUGAGAUUGAGGAUAUUUUAGUAAGAUCAUGAAAAUGUGCUCCCAUUCAUAUGAUGUACAGGAAAAAGUUUGCAACAUUGGAAGAUGCUGAAGUCCAUUAUGGUUUGACUUUAUCUGAUGGUUUAGCAGAACUUGUGAUUGAUAGGAGGCAAGCUAAUUCUAGAUCUGUUAAAGCUAAACCUAAGAGAAGUAGUUGGGAAACAGCAACACCUCCUCCACCUUCACCACCACCACCACCACCACCAACAAGCAAUACUCAACCAUUGCCUACAGUUGAAAAUGCAUUUAAAAAGCUUACAACUCUUCUGGACAAUGAUCAAUUAGAAAAUUUGUUGAACAAACUGUUUCUGCACCUGGCUUUAGAACAUAAUAUAACAUUUAAUCCUGGUAAUUACUGUUCAAUGUCUAUUAAAGCAAUGGAACUGUUAAAAAUGAACAACAAGAACAACCUGUUGUAUAAAUUUGCCUUGGCAUUGUGCAAUAAUAAACCUGGUACUAAUGAGCCUGUAUUUCCAAUGGACAGAAUGCCGUUUGGGUUGGUUGAAUAUCAAAUAGAGUUCUUCAGUUGUACACAUGUAAAACAGGUACUGAUUUUGGAUAUUAAUUCAAUUGCAUAAAUGUUCCUAUCCCCUUUCAAUACUCUCUAAUAUGAUAUCAUGCCAAAUAUGAUAUCAUGCUGAAAGUUAAUGAAUAUAUGUUUGCUAUUUUCAAUAUUGAGCAUAUACUGUACACACAUAAUGUAUAGUCCAUGGGAUUCGCAACAAGUCGGUUUGAGUCUCUCAAAGAGGGACCAAAAAUCGUUGCAAUUUUAAUAACAUUUAUCGUAUGGAGAGUUAGAAAAAAGCAGGUAACAAGUUUGGGUACCCGGCUAUCAUGUCGUAUCAUGACAUUUUAAAUGCAAUGUAUUGGUAAGUGACAAGAUUAAUAAUAAUAAUAUUAAUAUUAUUAUUAUUAUGACAUUUUAAAUGCAAUGUAUUGGUAAGUGACAAGAUUAAUACAUUACAAGGUUUGAAAAACGGAACUAGUUAAAUAUUUAUUAUCCCUUAUUUUUCCAAGCCUGUGUCUCAUUGCUUUGCGAUAAACCUUUUAAAAAUAUCUCUCGGGGAACUACGUAUCGAAAUACCAAUGGUUAACUGUAACGUCUUUGGGGCGAUUUCACCUUGUUAAAAUUGUGUAAAGUACUUGUCUGCUUUCACUAACGUUCAAAACGAUGUUUAAAAAUGAACUGAAUAUAACCACACUUAUUUGCUUUUUACUUUUUUACUCUAUUUUACAAAAUAUGGCGAAAACUAGUCUUUUUAUAGGCCAUUUUUAUACUCCUACAAACACGGGAGCCUAGGUCCUAUUAGCUACCAGGCCCCGAUAACACGGUUUUCAAAAUGGCUGCCAAAACAGGUAGGUUAAUUUACAUAUUUUGAUGUUUCUUUCGCAAUUAAUAUAACUCGAUUUUUCGCUUAUUGUGUCUUAGUUAUCUUAAUUAAAAAAAAGCAAUCGUAAAUACACAAAAAACACGCUAUCUGAUUUAUCUAAAUUUAAUAAAACUUGGGCUGAGUGAAGUAAAAUUCGAGUAGACAUCGAUUUAUUGAUAUUUUAGGGGUUUUUUUGUGCCAAAACUUUGUUUUCACCAUUCAUGGAGUGUAAAAUAUAUCUUCUAUCAUAAUCGGGAGUCGUUCUUGUGCUUUUAAACUAUAACUGAGCAUCACAUCUGUUAUAUUUAAUAGGAAAUAAGUAAGCGUAGUUGGCAUUGAAAUAUGUGAAUUUUGAGAUAAUGGAGGAGUGUAUAAUACACUACAACAGUGUAUCAGAACAAAAGCUUGUGAAAUUGAGCUCCGCAACUUCGUGGAAGACUUUAUUACAAGCAGCAGAAAGAAGAAAGUUCCAGCCAAUUCUCGAUAUUUAGAGCACUGUAACAGAUGGAGAAUACCCUCCUCUCAAAUAUCACAAAACAUGUAGAUCUAUGUUUACCUUGAAAAGGGACUUAGUUAGCUGUGGACAAGAAGUCGGAGAAACAAGUCAAGCACAAACGAAUCCAAGGAGUAGUCUCAGAUUAGCAAGUCAAGGUGAAGGAUAUGAACGAAUGGAUUGUGAUAAACUUUUGCCAAACUGCAUAUUCUGCAAUAGAGCUAAAUGUGUUCGAAAAACAGACACUAAAGAAAAAUUACUUUCAUGUGCGGAAUUAUGAGCUGAUGAUUCAAUCAGAAAAGCCAGUUUACUCAGAGGCGACCAGAGAAUUGCAGCGAUUACGACGGACGACUUAAUCGCAAAAGAGGCUAAGUACCAUAAAACAUGUUACCGUAAUUACACACGAGUAAACUACAAAGUUGUAAAGGAUUAUCAAUCAAAUGAAGAUGAGCCAUUUGAUGCUGUGAAAGAAAUUUUGUUUGAUUUGUAUGAUUCUCCUGAUGUAAUUGAGUACGCUAUACUAACUAAGGCACUCCAAGACAAUUUGAGAGGUUUGGAAGGAGUAGAUGAGAAGUAUAUAAUUCUGCUAAGAGAAACUUGA